UUUGGAGCUGGUAGCUGCCGAAGUCACGACUCACAAGCCUGAACACGCGCUGUGACGCGCUCACGCACAUGCACGGAGGGCUUGGCGCGGUCUCGUUGUCUGCACGCGGCGGUUUGUCGGUGGCUGUGUUUCCGGAGAGAUGCGUGUUCGCUCAGUGCUCGCUACUUCCUGCGUGUUAGCCGGACGAGGCUAGCUGUUGAAGCUAGCUGUUUACCUGCUUGUCAACUUGAAUUAUUCAUGACGAAGCACCGGGAUUGGUGGAGGCAGCGGCAGGGGCGGGGCUAAGAUGGUUUUUAAGUGAUUGGCUGAUUGACCUCCAGGUGGAAGAUGCUCAGGAUGUCAUCGGACAAAGAGACCCUCCUUCCUCUAGAGGCGCCCGUGACAGUCAGCCCCGCCUUCCCCUCCACUGUCAGCCUAUCAGGGCAGCCGCCGCUGGCUAAGACCCGCCCCUUCAUCCGUCCUAAAAAUGGGCUCCAGCCGCCUGCGAGUGGCCAGCCUCCCCUCCCCACUCAGCGAAUCGUGAAGAGACGCUACUCGGUGGGUGUGGGCUUCAAAGGGCUGGCUAAGCGGCGUCGCCGUGCCAACAGCGACAGCCAAUCAGAACCCGUGCUGCCAAGUCACUUCCUGUUGGGUGGGAAUAUCUUUGACCCGCUGAACUUGAACUCGCUGCUGGAUGAAGACGUGAACAGAGUGACCAAUCAGGCGACACCAAAGUGCUCGCCCCUUCCAUCACGGGGCGGAGACCCUGUAGAGAUCCUGGUUCCCCGUGACAUCACCGACCCCCUGAACCUAAAGGGAGGGGGGGAGGAUGGGGAGGGAGUUGGCGGGGUCCUGCUGUCCCCCCUAAAGUCCAGGAGGAGGCACCGAAACCGACACCAUGGAGGCCCAGCAGACAGGGAGGUGGUGCCAGGACGAUUGUUCGCCCCCACAGCUGGACUCACAGUUCCGCUGUUGACCAGAGAGGGCAGUGUUCCUGCGUCUCCUCUCCCCUGUGAACUUAACACGGCCAUCACCUGCCGAGAUGAUGUAGCCCCACCUCCCAUCCUACCCAGGAGGCACACCCACCCUCCACCUGGGCCCGCCCACAAGCCUGGGAACCCGGGUGAUGGUCGUCAUCGGAGACGGCGGCGCACCACCUCAACAAGAUCGGCAGACGGUGCCACAAGCGCUGUCACCAUGGCAACUGCAGCUCAGCCAACCAAAUUCCAGACACCGCUGCUGGGAGGGGCUAAAGCCAGCCGGUGUGGAGGACCACAACCCGGCUCUUCUCGGCCACCUGGAAAGAUGAAAGACAAACACCGCUACCAGUAUGGCAACCACAGCUGUUACUAUGGUUACCAUGGCCUCUAUGGUGACAGGUGGGAGGGGCGAGUUGGAGAGGUGGAGGACCCUCGGAUCCGCCUCCUGGAAGCUGAUUGGUUCAGAGACAAGACGGUGCUGGAUGUGGGCUGCAGUGCCGGUCACAUGACGCUGGCCAUCGCCAGGAAGUUCAACCCCACUCACAUCCUGGGGGUGGAGCUAGACGAGCGGCUGGUGCACGCUGCCAACCGGAACAUCAGGCACUUCCUGUCACAUGACAUGGUGGUGGAGGAGAGGAAGACGGGAACGGUAGCUCCAUCUGCUGUCCUGCAGGGAGGGAGGGAGCAGGAAGUGAUGCGGGAGGCCCUCUUAUCCCUCCCCCUGUCAUUCAGGGUGAGUCGGGGUCCUCUCUGUGCUCCUCCCCUUCUGCCUCCACGCUCCUCCUCCUCCAGGUUCCCCAACAAUGUCACCUUCAUCCAGGGCGACUAUGUGUCUGAGCUGGAGGCGUGGCCUGGGCGGGGUCAGUAUGAUGUCAUCAUGUGUCUGAGUGUGACCAAGUGGGUGCAGCUGCAGUCAGGUGAUGGGGGCGUGGUCAGACUGUUCCGACGGGCCUAUCAAAGCCUGUCGCCGGGUGGACUGUUCAUCCUGGAGCCACAGCCGUGGAGCAGCUACAACCGCAGCAAGAGGGCCUCGGAGACAACGUUUCGUCACUUCAGGAGUUUGAGGCUCAGACCCGAACAGUUCACCUCCUUCCUGACUGACAGUGUGGGCUUCAGCUCGUACCGACUCAUCAAACACACAGGUAACCAUCGGCCGAUCUACCUGUUCCACAAAGGCCCCGCCCAGAGGAAGUGAGGUCACCACAGGAUGAUGGUGCAACACCUUCAUGACAGCCCUCCUGUGUCCACAGAAACAGCCUUGUGCUGCGUCCAAGGGAUGGUGAGGAGGGAGCUGAUUGGUGGAUGCUUUUGAACUGACUCUUUGAUGAUGUCUCUCCAUAGGAGGACAGGCUGGAUCUGAUUGGACAGCAGGGCUCCUCCUGUGGACCUGACUGGCUGACACAGGUCUGCCAAAGGCUUGUGGGUGUUUGUCUUCACGCUGUAGGUCACAUAAUGUUUUUGGCCGGUGAAAUGCGCUAACAGCAGGUGAUGUCAGGCUUAUGAUGCGGCGAGCAGUUCACUUGAUCAGAUCGAUCAGGCUGUGAACCGAGUGUCACUGUGAGGACGUAAUAAAUAUCUCCAGCAGUCUGUUGGUCAAUGGGUCACAUGACUUGUGGACAUCAAACAGAAGCAGGAAACGCUCGUUUGAACCUGUCCAUCACUGAAACACCAUGUGACUCUCUGCAUUCUGGUUGGCUGCAGGCAGGGUGACUGUUCGGUCGUCUUUUCUAAAUAUCAUUUCAUUCUUUCACUGCUUUCUUUUUUUUUUUUUUUUUCAAAAUAAAGAGAAUUUAUCUGCUUGUGCUUCAUCGAUUUGUUUAAACUGCAGGUAUUAAUUUUGUUGGUAUUGUUUUACUCUUUUCUAAAGAAAACAGUAAAUAAAGUUUAAAGAUUCUUUGUUGAUCUGA